AUGGGAUCGCCACUAUCACCGGUCAUCGCCAAUGUCGUAAUGGAAAAGCUGGAACAGGAGAGCAUAAGCAAUCUGGAGACAAAACAAAUACACAUGAAGGUGUAUAGAAGGUACGUCGACGACUGUUUGUGUGUAGCCAGGAGAGAGCACAUCGAAACGAUCGUGGAUACAUUCAACAGCUUCCACGAAAGACUGCAAUUUACAGUGGAGUACGAGAAGGAUGGGAAAAUAAAAUUCCUGGAUAUGAUGCUCGAACGGGAGGCUGACAAAAUAACAACGGCAUGGCUCCCCAAACAAACGGAUGGCAGGUACCUGGACUUUAACUCGAAAAGUCCAUUCCAACACAAGGAAAAUACCGCGAUAGCCCUAAUUGAUCGAGCGAUCAAGCUGACCUGCGGAGAAAAACGUCAGGAAGCACUCGAUCAAGCCACAAGGAUUCUGCGGAAAAACAACUAUCCGACCUGGUUUGUAAACAGAGUGAGGAAAAAACGAGUUCACAAACACUACAACACAAUGGAAGAAAGAACGACGUCAGACCAACCCCAAAAAUAUGCAUCCGCCCCCUACAUACCAUGUCUGAACGAGAAGCUGAGAAAAAUCCUGCAAAAACACAACGUGAUCCUGGCUUCCCGACCGCAAAACAAAAUAAAAAAGUUAGUGUUCAGUAAGAUGAAGGAUCCGAUACCACCAGGCAAGCAGACGAAUGUGGUGUACUCCAUACCGUGUGGAGCCGAAGACGGGAAGGUGUACAUCGGGCAAACUAAACGAAUGCUGGAGGUACGAAUUGCGGAACACAAGAACGACAGUAAAAAGAGAGUCCCCAAAUCUGGCCUUGCAGUACACACGAUCGAGGAAGGGCAUGUGUUCGAUUUCGAUAGCACAACGAUUUUGGAACGAAUCGAACACCCAGAUACCAGGAUGAUCGCGGAGGUGUUCCAUAUUAAAAAGCUAGGCGAACAGCAGACGGUAAAUCUCCAGCGAGAGUGCGGGAAUUUCAACACGACGUACAAUGGACUAUUGGCCCGACUACGUGGAGAAACCCGAGCUCGAACGAGAGAGAGAACGAAUGACGUCGAAAACGAACCGAACAGAAUGGGUGUCGAAUAG